AUGUACGGCUUCAGCUCUACAACACGCAUAUUUUUGGCAACGCUUGCACUUAGCAGUAGCCUUGAUGCCGUUUUGAUACCCGUGCAACUCAAGGACGGCCUACUUGUUAUCCAGGCACAUAUCAUCGCACCAUCAGCGCCACCAACCCUUGUUGAGACUCCGGAUUCCCCAUCACUAACACCUUCACCUCCGCCAGCGCCGCCAUCGACCGACCCUGUCGGUCCAACAACCCUUACUGUCGUGCCAGUGGUCAAUCCCCCAGUGUCGGCCCCAUCCGGUGAGGUUCCACCGCCGCCUGCUCCUGGCCUAGAGGUACCGCCAGUCACGACGCAACCAGGGCCACAGUUGCCAAAUCCUCCGCAACAGCCAGCACCCGUAGUGGAAUCGCAGCAGCCAGCACCUAUAGCACAACCGCAGCAGCCUGUACCUCAACCUCAACCUCAACCUCAACCUCAACCUCAGCCUGAACCUCAACCUCAGCCUGAACCUCAACCUCAGCCUGAACCUCAACCUCAGCCUGAACCCCAACCUCAGCCUGAACCUCAGCCUCAGCCUGGACCUACGACUCCGAACAAUGGACAAACAAUCCGCCAAGACCUCAUUCCUAUCGGCAAAAGAAUGACUGCGCACGCAACAGAGUAUGGUGGCAAUACGAACGGAGCUUGCGGUAUGAACUAUAAACCUCCCGCUGGCUGGGGCGGUGUCGCUGUGAGUGUCGAUGUUUUUGGUGAUGCUUGUGCUUGUGGACAGUGCUUCGAGGCCACGUAUGGAGACAAGACAAUCAAAGCCAUGGGUGUAGAUGAGUGCCCUGACUGUCACUUGCAGAACGGGGACGUGCACAUGGAUUUGUUUCUGGACAGUUGGCUUAAUCUAGCGAAGGGCAAGGGCUCUACACUGUCUUUGGGCAUCCUGAGAGAUAUCCAAUGGAAGGCUAUACCGUGUGGCUUCACUGAAGGCCUGAAGCUGCAUUGGAAGGAAGGCAGCAACAAUGACUGGGCUGCCCUUUCUGUACGAGGACACAAUAUUCCUGUCGUCGCUAUGGCCGCCAAGCGCCUUGAUGUGCCAGACAGUCAAUGGAUUGACCUCAAACUAGACAAGGACAUGGCCUCUUACGUCAAUCCGGCUGGUAACUUGGAAGGCUCGCACUUUACCGUCAAGCUGGUCGCGAAUAAUGGUCAAACCAUUGUUCUGGACAAGGCAGAGCGACUCAAUUCUGAUCAAGAGUUUGGAGUCAACUUUUGA